GGAAAUCGUUCUCCCAUGGGCUCCUCUUCCGCCUCUAUGGCUCCUGCGAGCCCCGAGGCCGAGCCUACGCCAGAACUGGCAACACCUGCAUUAGCACCUGCGUGUCCAGCCGUGCCAGACGCGCCAGAAGUCACGCCAGAUGAAAAUGAGGCGGAGGAACUCGUGCAGCUGGCACGGCCCACGCUCGACAGCGAGGUGCCAAGCCCCAACGCUGCGCAGAGCCUCGACUCCCGGGAAUUGGAGUGCAUGCAGUGUGAAAGUUUGCUCUUUGAGCCAACCACACUGGAAGAUGGCUUCACUGUUUGCCGGCCCUGCGUGAAAAAGCGCCGCCUCGCCACACCAGAACCCACCGGAGCUGACGUGCCGUGGGGUGGAACUGCCCCUGCGCUUGGCUUUGGGAGUGCCACCAAUGUGAUCUUGAGUGACUUGCUGGGUCGAUGCCCAGAAGCGCAAACCCAGGCUGCAGAAGCGAGGCAACGAGGUAAUCGUUUGUUCGGCGACGGAAAGUAUUUGGAAGCAUGCGAAGCAUACUCAGAGGCAAUGUCCAAAUCUCCUGACAUCGUUGUGCUGUGCAAUCGAUCCCUCGCACGACUGAAGCUGGAAGACACCGAAGCUGCCCUGGCUGAUGCGCGGCUGGCCGUUGCCAAAGCUUCCAUAUGCAGCGGCCCGGCCAUGUUGGCCAAGGCCUGGCUGCGUGUCGGCCAAGCUUUGGGGCAAAGCAGUGCAGCUUGUGCCGCUUAUGCCCUGGCACGGGGAGGUGCUGCUGCCAGCGAUUUGCAAGAGUUGUGCUCCAAGAUGUCAAGGAACGACCUGCAAAAGGUAAAAGAUUGGCUUCGGGAUGGCCGCUGCCCUCCGAUUGAGGACACCCUUCCUGCACUAGACAAAGCGGACAAAGCGGACAAAGCCAAUCCUGAAUUUGAUGAGGACUGGCUGAGAAGUCAGCUGGAGUGUCCACUGUGCCUGGGCCUGUAG